AUGACCACCUUCCACCCAUUUCCCCGCCUUCCGUAUGAACUCCGCAUACAGAUAUGGAAGUUGACGGUCGAACCUCGCACCGUCGAAAUCCGGGUAGGCGGCUUCUACAAAGACCUCGGUCCAAAAACCAAAGACAAGCCCGAAGGCGAGCCCGCAGACAGACAGUACGUACAGUACCUCGUCACCCCGACGCCCGUGCCCGGUCCUCUGCAGACAUGCCGAGAAGCCCGGAACCUGGGACUGUACCAACGAUCCAUGUCCGGGCUAUCCGACCUCACCGGCGACGAGAAGCAGUACGUCUGGCUGAACCUCGACAUCGACCUCAUCUGCUUCAGGGGCGGGUCGCUGGAAAAAUUCAACCAGGUCGCACCGAGCGUGAAGCGGCUGAAGCUGGAAUCAAAGAGCGAGUUUCGCCAUUUCGUCAACGUAGAGGAGGUGCACGUGAUCUGCAAGAACGGGAUGAGGGAGUGGCAUGGGUCCACGGCCGAUAACUGGUGGCCUUGCAGCCAGGAGAAUUUGAUCUUCAUCGACCCGCGUGAUGGGCUGAUCUUGAAUGGCGUCCAGAUGGAGGCCAAGUUUGACGCGAUGGGCCGUCCUGUGAUUGAUCCCCUCGACCCUACCUACUGGGGUCCUCCAAUUCCUCCAAUUCAAUAUGAAUGA